AUGGUAGAACAAGUUCUGGAUUUUGACAAAAAGACUGAGAAUACUCGUACUGUUGGAAAGCAUCCUGGAGCUGCAAGUUCAAAUCCACAACUAAAAAGAUUAAAAGAAUUCUGUGGUAGCUUGAGAUCAAAUUUUAAGUCAGAUAGAAUUGAUAGAAAUCGUGAUAGACAACCAACUGUGUCUACGGGUCAUGUACGAGGUCCAUCCCGGGAUAUUGAUAUUCCGAAUUGUGAGCAUUGUGGGAAAAAGCACUGUGAUGAAUGUUGGAAGUUAACUCCAAGCUGUUUUCGCAAACAUUUUGUUAGAGAUUAUCCGAAGAAUGAGAAUGCUACACCUAUUACUUCUCAGAGAUCUAUGCCUACUUUUAGGGGUCGCGGGUCAAAUCUGGGAUCUUCACAUUCAUAUGUAAAUACAAAAUUGGUUGAGUCAAGAAGUUUAAAAUCUGAGGCAUCUAGUGUAUCGAUAGUGGUGUCUAGUCCAUUGGGACAAUCUGUGUUAGUGGAUCAGGUGUGUAGGAGAUUUCCGUUAAUGAUAAAGAAUAUAACUUUUCUUGUUGAUCUGUUGAUAAUGCCGUUUGGUGAUUUUGAUAUGAUUUUGGGAAUGGAUUGGCUUACAAAGCACGGAGUGAUUUUUUAUUGUUGUAAAAAGAAGUUUGUUGUUCAGAGUGAAAACGGUGAUAAGAUUGAAGUGAAUGGUAUUCAAACAAGUGGUUCAACUCGUAUCAUUUUAGCAAUUCGAGCUAAUAAACUUCUUAAUCAAGGUUGUGAAGCUUUUCUAGCCUAUGUUAUCAAUCCGAAUUCUGUUGAUAGUCAGUGCAGUAAGAUUCAAACUGUUUGUGAAUUCCUUGAUGUGUUUCCCGAUAAAUUAUCGGGAUUACCACCAGAUCGGGAGGUUGAGUUUGCAAUUGAAGUGUUUCCUAGUACGGCUCCAGUGUCAAUGCCCCCUAUUUUAUGUCACCUAUGA